GAGGGCUCUGGGCUGAAGCGGGGUAAUUUGCUGCAGUUGUUUUUCCGAUAGAAAUAUGCUCUUUUCCUAAUAGAAGAUGAUAAUCUUGGAGAAUGACCAUGGAGAAGGGGAUGAGUUCUGGAGAAGGGCUGCCUUCAAAAUCAUCUCAGGCUUCAGCUGUUAAAAUAACAGCCAAAGAAUUGGAAACAAAGCAGUCCUAUAAAGAGAAACGAGGGGGCUUUGUGUUGGUGCAUGCAGGUGCAGGUUAUCAUUCUGAAUCCAAGGCCAAGGAAUAUAAACAUGUAUGCAGAAGAGCUUGUCAGAAGGCAAUUGAAAAGCUACAGGCUGGUGCUCUUGCGACCGAUGCAGUAACUGCAGCUCUGGUAGAACUUGAGGAUUCUCCUUUUACAAAUGCAGGAAUGGGAUCUAAUCUAAAUCUCUUAGGGGAAAUUGAGUGUGAUGCCAGCAUUAUGGAUGGAAAAUCCUUAAAUUUUGGAGCAGUUGGAGCACUGAGUGGAAUCAAGAACCCAGUAUCUGUUGCAAACCGACUAUUGUGUGAAGGGCAGAAGGGCAAGCUCUCGGCUGGCAGAAUUCCUCCCUGCUUUUUAGUUGGAGAAGGAGCCUACAGAUGGGCAGUGGAUCAUGGAAUUCCCACUUGUGCCCCUAACAUCAUGACCACAAGAUUCAGCUUAGCUGCAUUUAAAAGGAACAAGAGGAAACUAGAGCUGGCAGAAAGGGUGGAAACAGAUUUCAUUCAACUAAAGAAAAGAAGACAAUCAAGUGAAAAGGUCAGGAGCUGUUUGAAAUAUUAAUUAAUGUAUAAUAAUUAUAGCACUAAACUGUAUUUAGAUAUAGAAGCUUGUAUACAUGCAUAAUGUAUCAUCUCUCAU